AUGCCAGUAUUGGAGAAGGAACAAUCAACCAAUCCUGGCAUCAACAAUGGUUUGCCUAAGCUGCCAGUUCCUGACUUACAGCACACACUGGACAUGUAUCUUAAGUGUAUGAAACACUUAGUACCUGAAGAGAAUUUCAGAAGGACCAAAGGCAUUGUGGAUAAGUUUGGAGCCCCCGGAGGAGUGGGAGAGAUGCUUCAGCAGCAACUUCACAAAAGGAGAGACAGCAAAGCAAACUGGGUUUAUGACUACUGGCUUGACGAUAUGUACUUGAAUAACAGAUUAGCAUUACCAGUGAACUCUAGUCCAGUUAUGGUUUUCCCAAAACAAAACUUCAAGACUGAUAGUGAUGCCUUAAGAUUUGCUGCUCAUCUCAUUUCUGCUGUACUGGAAUAUAAAACAUUACUGGAAACACAUGACCUGCCGGUGGAUUUUGCCCGGGGUCAACUAGCUGGGACUCCACUAUGUAUGGAACAGUACUAUAAGCUCUUCACAUCCUAUCGUCUUCCUGGGCCAAAAAAAGACACACUAGUUGCCCAGAAGAGCAGUGUGAUGCCUGAGCCAGAGCAUAUCAUAGUUGCCUGCAAAAACCAGUUCUUUGUUCUGGAUGUGGUGAUCAACUUCCGGCGUCUGAAUGAGAAGGAUUUAUACACUCAGUUGGAGAAGAUCAGCAAGAUGGCCGCCAAUGAAGAGGAACGUCUUCCACCCAUUGGCCUUCUGACCUCAGAGGGGCGCACAGAAUGGGCAGAGGCUCGCCACAUCCUUAUUAAAGAUUCUACCAACAGAGACUCCCUGGACAUGAUUGAGAGAUGUUUGUGUUUGGUGUGCUUGAAUGAACCUAGUGGCUUGCAACUUACUGACACCAACCGUGCCUUGCUGAUGCUCCAUGGAGGAGGCCCAGAGAGAAAUGGGGGGAACCGCUGGUAUGACAAACCCAUGCAGUUUGUCAUAGGGUCAGAUGGGUGCUGUGGAGUUGUAUGUGAACAUUCACCUUUUGAAGGGAUUGUCCUUGUCCAGUGCACAGAGUAUCUCUUGAAAUACAUGAAAGGAAGCCCAUCUAAGUUGGUGAGGGCGGCCAGUGUGAGUGAGCUACCAGCCCCAAGGCGACUGCGUUGGAAAUGCUCUUCGGAAAUCCAGGCUCUUCUUGCCGCCUCAGCAGACAAAUUACAUCGACUUGCUAAAAAUCUGGAUAUGAAUGUUCAUAAGUUCACCAAGUAUGGCAAAGAGUUCAUCAAGAGGCAGAAGAUGAGCCCAGACGCAUAUAUUCAAGUAGCACUUCAGUUUGCAUAUUACAGGUGUCAUAGAAGACCUGUGUCAACUUAUGAAAGUGCUUCCAUUCGUCGAUUUCAAGAGGGCCGUGUGGACAAUAUUCGUUCAGCCACAUUUGAGGCCUUAUCUUUUGGGAAGGCCAUGACUGAUGGAAGGUCAACAUUCUCAAAUGAUGAAAAGAUGAAAAUUCUUAAGGAUGCCAUUAAUGCCCAGACGAAUUACACUAUCUUGGCUAUUACAGGCAUGGGCAUUGACAAUCACCUGUUGGGGCUGAGAGAAAUGGCUAUGGAGUUGCGCAUGGAGAUGCCUGAAAUCUUCACCGAUGAGACAUAUACAGUCAGCAAUCAGUACAUCCUCUCUACAAGCCAGGUACCUACUACAGUAGAUAUGUUCUGCUGCUAUGGUCCUGUAGUCCCUAAUGGCUAUGGUGUAUGUUACAACCCCCAGUCAGAUGCCAUUCUCUUCUGUGUGUCCAGUUUCAAUCACAGUGAUGAGACUUGCAGCAACACAUUUGUGAAACAUCUAGAGGAGUGCCUGUUGGAGAUGGAAGGUCUAUGCCUCAGAAACAGUGGUGUUGCUUCAAGUUGA